AUACCUAACAAAACUUUGUUAUCCCCAAGGGAACCAAUGAAAUCUUGGAUCAUGGAGCUGUGGUUACAAAAUCACAAAGAAAACGAGUGGCCACUGGAAUUAUCCAUUUGUCAGCAGAAUGCCGUUCAUGUAACAAAUGCCAAGAGAGACUACACAACAGAAGAUAUCGAAAGAAUGUGCCCUGUUUCAUUCUUUGCAAAGCACAAUUACAAGUAUGUGGAGACGGCAUCAGCCAGCCAUAGUGUGGAUGAUGAAUGUUACGCAAGCUGCUCUUCUGAAGGAGGCUCCUUGGACAGAAGACUAGAAUACCAUGAUAUAACUGACGGCAGGAUAAAUGCCACUUUUUUCCGUGACACUGGAGAGUGCCGUGGAGGGUACGAAGAACCAAUAGUAUCCACCUAUUGUGAAACAUCGGGAGAGAAGAAAGGCAUCGAAAGUUGUCAGAAUGCUUUCACGGUGCCUCUAAACCCUAAAAGCCAAACUGAAGCCCCUUUCUACGAGUCAGUUGAUUUGCCUUUGUCGAAUGAGCAACUUUUGGCCCCCAUGCACAAUACAUCAGUCGUUUCGCGCGGUACAACAACAACAAUAACACGCACUUCAGUCGCUGAGAAAACAGAGGGAUGUGAAAAGUCUUUAAAAACUAUGCCAAACGGUAGUUUGGGUUAUUUGAGCCCUUUGGAAAAAUACUCUGAUGGGGGAAAUUUGUCUAAAAGUCUUCCCGUUAAAGAAAGCAGGUCAUCUAGUCUUUUUUACAGUUCUACUGAUGUUUCGCCGAGCACAAGAUCACACAGUGUUAAUUUCAAAGGAUGCAGUGCUGACGCAAAUCGUCCUAUGGGUGGUAUGGGAAGAAUCGAAGCUCAGCCAACGUCAAAGCAUAAUUACAAAUAUGUGGAGACGGCAUCAGCAAGCUAUGGUGUGGAUGAUGAAUAUUACGCAAGCUGUUCUUCUGAAGGAGGCUCCUUGGACAGAAGGCUAGAAUAUCAUGAUACAACUGACGGCAGGAUAAGUGCCACUUUUUUCCGUGACACUGGAGAGUGCCGUGGAGGGUACGAAGAACCAAUAGUAUCCACCUAUUGUGAAACAUCGGGAGAGAAAAAAGGCAUCGAAAAUUGUCAGAAUGCUUUCACGGUGCCUCUAAACCCUAAAAGCCAAACUGAAAACCCUCUCUACGAGUCAGUUGAUUUGCCUUUGUCGAAUGAGCAACUUUUGGCGCCCACGCACAAUAAAUCAAUCGUUUCGCGCGAUACAGCAAAAACAAUAACACGCACUUCAGUCGCUGAGAAAACAGAGGGAUUUGAAAAGUCUUUAAAAACUAUGCCAAACGGUAGUUCGAGUUAUUUGAGCCCUUUGGAAAAAUACUCUGAUAGGGGAAAUUUGUCUAAAAGUCUUCCCGUUAAAGAAAGCAGGUCAUCUAGUCUUUUUUACAGUUCUACUGAUGUUUCGCCGAGUACAAGAUCACACAGUGUUAAUUUCAAGGGAUGCAGUGACGACGCAAAUCGUCCUAUGGGUGGUAUGGGAAGAAUCGAAGCUAGGCCAACGUCAAUAGCUAAUGCAAGUAACUGUUCAAAUCCCGAAAACAUGAAAUGUGACGUUCCAUCGACACCAAUAAAAUUAAAGAACACGACAUUACGAGAUCCAUGUUCCGUUGAAAAGACAAAAAGUACGAAACGUACCAAACGUAACUGGACUGACAGCGUUCACUACUCCUCUGUAGAGUUAGUUGGAAGCACCUUGAAUUGCGAAAAUGGAAAUUCGUCCAAGACAGAAAACAGCGCAACAUAUGCUGGACUGCAUGAGUGUUGUUCCGCAGAGUAUCAAGUAUUGAUCUCUAAUCUGAGUAACGUUGAGAGCCACAAGAGUGAGGCUGAAAAUGACUAUGACGACGUCCUCGAUGAAGAUCAAACCAUCAUGAAAAACAAAGAUGACUACUUCAUCUAUGAUGACGUUAUUAGUUUCCCUGUCAAUGGAGGCGAGGUUGUUAAUAGUGGAUUUAACAAAAAAGAUGACUCGCUUAUUGCAGAUUACCCAAACAGGGCAGUUCGUCUAGAACAAAAGAAUGUUUCUGACAACCCACAGAGAGAUGCCAAAGAAGAUAUGAACACAGCUCAAUACCAAAAAGUGAAAUCACUAGAUCAUGACGGAAACUCCAUGAAUGGUAAAAUACAACAGAACUCUUUAGACAACAAACAUCUGAGGCAAUGUCAGAACAAAACUGAAGUGGCUUCAGGCGCUGUUUGCCCCAUUUCUACUAAAAUGCCACAAAGAGCAGAACACAAUUCAGAUCCUCGCGAAUCAGGUCAAAGCAUGGCAGGCCCAGUGAAUCAAGAAGAUGACGUUGUGCGUUAUAAACUUCAACGAAAUACAGCAUCCAACGAACAUACUUUCAUUAACAACUAUGAAAACUUUUCAUGUGAUCUUGAUCAAGGCGAUAACUCCAACUCCAUGCGAAGGAACACAGAGCGAAGGGAGGGGUAUAACAAAUAUGUAGACUGUGAAACUGAAAGUCAAUUUAGUUCAAACCAAAGCAAUGCGAGGAAUUGUUCGUAUGAAAAUGCUACCUACUACCUGGCAACUCCCCCAAGUCAACUUUCUAAAGGGGCAAGAAAGAUUUCUUCUGGUUCACAAGCCAAGAGAAAAAGUAAGAGCUGUCAAAAGAGGCAUAAAGAAAAAACUGACGCUGACAGAGCAUCAGCAGUAGAGGACAUGCAUAGUACUUCAGAGCGCCCCAUGCAGAAUCAAAGUCUCAUGGCUCGGCUUAAUGAUCCUGAAUUGAAUAUAAUACAAUUUUGA